CAGCCUCAAAAAAUUAACCAAUGGGAGACAAACUGCUAAAUCUGGCAAACUUACGAAGCUGGUAACGUUCCAUUCUUUCCUCCGGCGGGUGCUUGAACCUCUCAUCAUCUAGUCAAGUUUCGUGUUCAGAACAUCAACAGUAGCUGAUACAUUUUCCUAUAGUAUGGGUUUGUUAACAGUUGGAUCACCAUUAGACUGGCCUGAAACUAAGAAAUAUGCAUCGAUCAUUCGAGAACAAGGCAUAAAGCAGUUUUUGUUAUUGUAUCACAAACUCAAUUCACGAAUGAAACACACACUGAAGUGGGGUGAUGAGAUCGAGUACACACUGGUUCGCAUUGACCCUUCAACAUCUGCAGCUCAACUCUACCUUGGUGCUACGGAGUUAUUAGAGGUGAUGAAGGAAAAUAUUACCGAUAUCAGUGAGCAAAUAACUUGGCAACCCGAGUAUGCUGAAUAUAUGAUAGAAGGAGUACCUAGAAUUCCUUUUGGACGAUUAUUGGAUGCAUUCAACACUGUUGAGUGUAACAUGAAGAAAAGACGACUAGAUUUAUUGGCAAAUCUUCCUAAAGAUUGCAUUGCAUUGACAAUAUCUGCCUUUCCAAGAUUGGGUUGUGAUGAUUUUUGCUAUCCAGUUGCCAAACCAACUCCUGACAGUGGUGCUUCAAGAAGUUUAUUCUUUCCAGACGCUGCUAUUAAUCAAGGGCAUCCGCGUUUUAAAACACUAACCCGUAACAUUCGUGAACGCCGUGGAACUAAAGUUGCUAUAAAUGUUCCCAUUUAUCGAGAUACAUGUACACCCCAACCAUUUAUUGAAAAUUUUCCAAAUCAAAAUGAUCCCAGUUCAAUAUCUGCAGCUUUACCGAACCAUGUUUACUUAGAUGCUAUGGGUUUUGGAAUGGGUUGUAGUUGUUUGCAGAUCACUUUCCAGGCAUGUUGUAUUGACGAGGCCAGAAUCUUAUAUGAUCAACUAGCAACCAUAUGUCCAAUUGUUAUGGCUUUAAGUGCAGCAACUCCUGCUAUCCGUGGCUACUUAUUGGAUUGGGAUUGCCGUUGGGGUAUUAUAUCUGCAUCGGUUGAUGAUCGAACAGAAGAAGAACGAGGACUUAAGCCUCUGCACAACGACAAAUUUGUUAUUCCCAAGUCACGUUUUGCAUCAGUUUCUUUUUAUCUUUCUCCGUUGGGUGCUAAAUUCAAUGACAUUCCACUCGUUUAUGAUGAAGAUUAUUAUAAUACUUUAAUUGAAGGAGGUGUUGAUCAUACACUAGCAUUACAUGUAGCUCAUCUUUUCAUACGGGAUCCUAUCAGUGUGUUUUCUGAAAGCUUGAAUUGUCCAGAAAAUGAAGAAACAGUUGAACAUUUUGAAACUAUUCAGUCCACUAAUUGGCAAUCAAUGCGUUUUAAGCCUCCACCAUUGAAUUCAUCAAUAGGUUGGCGUGUUGAAUUUCGACCAACUGAAUUACAAUUAACAGAUUUUGAAAAUGCUGCUUUUGUUACUUUUAUUUUAUUACUAUCUAGAACAAUUUUAAAGUUUAAUUUGAAUUUAUUAAUUCCACUUUCAAAAGUUGAUGAAAACAUUGCAACAGCUUUAAAACGUGAUGCUGUUCUCAAUGAAAAAUUCUAUUUUAAACAAGGUCAUUUAAUAACUACAGAUGGAACUCCAGUGGAUUUAGCUAAUUCAUGUUCUAAAUUUAGAUACAAUCGUACUUAUUCUACAAAAUGUGAUCGUUCUGAUUCGAAUUGUACAAUUUCUUGUGAUGAACAAGAUACCAUUUUUAAUAAAUCAUUUGAAUACCAUGUAAAUGGAUCAUCAGCUUGUAAUUCAACAUCAUCAUUUGCUGAAGUCAAUCCAGAUGAUUCUUAUGUAUUAAUGUCAGUGAAUGAAAUUAUCAAUGGAAAUAGUACUUUUCCAGGUCUUCUCCCUUUAAUUCGACAUUAUGUUCGUGAAACUGGUGGACAUCUGGAAACUAUUGAUCUGAUUAAUAGUUAUUUGGAUUUAAUACAAAAAAGAGCAUCAGGUUAG